UGCAGCCGGCAGACGCUGCAGCGCGUGCCCCAGGCGCUGCCACCCACCGCCACCACGCUGGACCUCAGCCACAAUGCCCUCACCCAGCUCCAUGACUGCUGGCUGGCCGCCCUUCCGCACCUUGAGGCCCUCCACAUCAGCCACAACCAGAUUAAGGACCUUUCUCCGCAGGCUUUCCACAAUGCCUCCUACCUGCGGCACCUCGACCUGUCCUCCAACCACCUGCACGCCGUCAAGACACACUACUUUGAUGCACUGGUGAGCUUGGAGGAGCUUCUGCUCUACAACAACCGCAUUACACGAGUGGAUGAAAAUGCCUUUGCCAAAUUGAGCAGCCUGCGGAAAGUCUACCUGAGCUGGAACAACCUGACCACCUUCCCCUUCCGCUCAGUGCAAGGGCUGGGCAACUACAGCCUCCGCACACUGGACCUCUCCUCCAAUAGCCUGAGCAGCAUCCCCCACAACAACCCCGUCAGGUGCAGCUGCCCGCUCUACCUCAUGCUCCAGCGCUGGAAGCAGCGAGGUUUCAGCUCCGUGAAGGAUUUCUUUGAGGAACAUACCUGCAAGGUGUCCGACAAUGUGCCCCGGUCCCUGAUCAAGUUCCUCAAAUACAGUCACAUGUUUGAGAACUGCUCAGCGGGCCCCGAAGAUGUGCACCCUGUGCCCUUGCCUGUGAUAGUGGGCCAGACCCUCCUGCUUGCCUGCAACACCAGCCUGCCAGCUGUGGCCACACACUACAUGAUGAUCUCCCCUCACCACGAGCCCAUCAAACACCCAGGGAACAGCAAACCCUCCUUGGCGGGCAGCCUGAAGAUUGCAGUGGCCAAGCCCUGGCACUCGGGGGUCUAUGUGGGCUUGGCCAUCAACAGCCCCCACAAUUUCAGCAGGCUGUGCGAAGUCAACGUGACGGUCCACUACCCCAAGCCGGAUGGGGAGACCUUCAGCACUGGCCUCACAACCCUGCUGGGGUGCAUUGUGAGCCUGCUGCUCGUGCUCAUUUACUUGUACCUCACGCCCUGCCGCUGCCUGAGCUGCUGCAAAAAGCCGGCUCCUCUCAGCCCUCCGCAGGAGUGCAGUGCCCAGUCCUCCAUCCUCAGCGCCACUCCCCCCGCCACCGAUGGGCCAAACCGCAAAGUCAGCGCCAACAAGCACGUUGUCUUCCUUGAGCCCGUCAGGGAGACGCAGAAUGGCAAAAUCCGCCUGGCCCUCAGCGAGGACUUCCCCGACACCAAGCACCCCAAGGUCCUGCAGCUCAAGUCGGACUCUGAGUCCAUCAGCUCCGUCUUUUCGGACACCCCCAUCGUGUCGUAG